AUGAAGCUUCUCCGAACAACGUGCGGCUUUGCUUUCUUGGCGAAACCGCUGGGUGCGUCAGGAGUCGCGAGAGACGUGCGAAACUGCCCGCUUCGAUAUCAGCCGUGGGCGUUUGGGCGUUUAUCGUUUUCGCGUUGCUGGUUGCACUUUCUGACGGGAAAUUCGGGUGAGCGAAGUUUCCUCGCGCGGCGCUUCGAAGUCGCCACACAUCCGGUCGGAGCGAGUCGCCCACAGCGAAAGCAACCACGCUCAGUGAAACUGCUCGCUUGUUCUGCGGCUUCUGAGACGCAAACCAGUCUCCGCACACAUGUGUGCGGUGCGCUCCGCUCCGAGCACGUUGGAUGCACCGUCACCGUCUGCGGCUGGGCGCAUACCAUACGAGACCGGGGUGGCGUCACUUUUCUGCUUUUGCGUGACCGACAUGGCAUCGUCCAGGUCACGAUUGACGCUGCAAGCCCGGAAGCGCUUCGGACUCAGGUGAAAACGAUCCGACGAGAGUCUGUGGUACGCGUUCGUGGAACGGUACGUGCUCGAGAUCCCGCGAACGUCAACGCUUCGAUGCCGACCGGCAGUGUCGAGAUUGCAGCCCAUGUCAUCGAAGUCCUGAACAGGGCAGACCCUUUGCCCCUAGUUUUAGACAUGGAACGCCCCGAGACAGGCAAUACGACAACGGGCCGUCCGGGUUCUGGUCAGCUGGCGACCACGGGUGCCUCGGAGGAAACCCGACUGCGAUAUCGGUACCUGGAUUUGCGCCGAGCGUCCCUGCAGUCUGCUCUGAUCCGCCGUCACGAGGCCACCAUGGCUGUGCGGCGUGUUCUCGAUAGCCUCGGAUUCGUCGAAAUAGAGACACCGAUACUGACGCGAGCUACUCCAGAGGGCGCGCGAGAUUACCUCGUCCCUAGCCGCGUGCAUCGUGGAAAAUGGUAUGCGUUGCCACAAUCCCCGCAACUUUACAAACAGUUGCUCAUGAUUGGUGGUAUGGAUCGGUAUUUUCAAGUUGCGCGCUGCUUUCGCGAUGAAGACCUGCGGCAGGAUCGUCAACCGGAGUUUACGCAAGUCGAUUUGGAGAUGAGUUUUGUGGGCGCAGCUGAUGUGAUGCAUACUGUUGAGCGCGUUGCCGAAGCGCUUUUUUCUAAUGUAUUAUCAGAGCAGGAGCUCAAGAACGAUGAAGUGUUGGUUCGCAACACUGCACGACAAGGUUUGCGGUUCCCGGUGAUGACGUAUGAUGACUGUAUGGAGCGUUACGGAACCGAUGCGCCAGAUUUGCGUUUUGGUCUCGAGUUGCAGCCUAUCUGGUCUGCGAAUCAGGGAGAAUCCAACACAGCGCAACACUGGCAUUUCUUUGAGGCCCUCUGCGCUGUUGCGCCGUUUCGAGGCGCAGAAACCAUUCGGGCUCUCGUGGUACCGGGAGCCGCGCCACACACCUCCAGAAAAGUCAUCGACGAUUAUACUCAGUUUGUGAAACAACUGGGUUUAUCUGGGUUACUCUGGGGCAAAAUUGGAUCAUCGGACGGGCGGCCUACUAUAAACAGCGGACCGCUCAACAAACUGGAGCCAACGGUUGCAGGGCAGCUUGUGGAGCAGCUGGGAGCGCGCCCUGACAGUCUCCUCCUGGUGGCGGCUGGCUCGCGACCCGUCGUUCUCGGCUCCUUGGGUCGACUUCGUGUCAAAAUUGCCAAGGAAAGAGGAUUCGUGGAUGAAACAGAUUAUCGAUUUUGCUGGGUAGUCGGCUUUCCGCUCUUCGCCUGGGACGAUGAGUACAAUCGACUGACUAGCGUGCAUCAUCCAUUCACCUCGCCGCGGGAAGACCAGCGUGAUCUGCUGUUGACGCUCGUUCAACGUAUACGAGAAAAACCCGAUUCAUUGUCCAAAGACGCUACCCUGACGCAGGAACUUUUGAAGCUUCGAGCGGAGGCCUAUGAUCUGGUAUGCAACGGGACGGAAAUCGGAGGAGGCAGCAUCCGCAUUUAUGAUCCGGCGAUUCAAAGCGCUGUUCUGAGCGUGUUAGCGAUCAGCGAUGAGGAGCAGCAGGCCAAGUUUGGGUUCUUGUUGCAGGCGCUCCGGUACGGAGCACCACCGCACGGUGGCUUCGCUUUCGGACUCGAUCGAUGUAUUCUCAUGACGUGCGCUCAGGCGAAGAGUUUGCGCGAUGUGAUUGCCUUUCCGAAAACAACGAGCGCCAGCGAAUUGAUGACCGCGGCACCGAGCGACGUCGACGAGAGACAGUUAGCGGACCUUGGCAUAUCACGGGUUGCGGCACAUGAAGAACGAAUCGACCAGAUCGACGCGCCCAAGGUGCCGCAGGAUUCGCAGGAGACGAUGCCAGUCUAG